AUGGCAAAACCCCUUGAAGGAGAUGGACUUAUUGAAAACAUAUAUUACUACGCUUGACAACGUGAAGGAGACGAUACCUCAUUUCGAGGUUUUUAUUUACCACAUACAGUCAUUUAUAAGCAUCAACAGCCAAGAUCAUGGUUUUAUUCAUCUGGAGAUGGGACAAUUGUCAAAAAACCAAAAGACCAGCUUACUACCUUAAAUAUAGAGCAAGCAUUUCUUCAGUCUGUUUCUAAGUCUGGGAUUGUAGCUUAUUUCACUUAUAUAGGUAAAGGUGGAAUUAGAGAAAUAGAAUUUUUCGAAGCUGAAGAACUCAAGCAUUUUUUGCAUUACAGGAACAAGUCACAAGAUGGAAUUUUACAGAAAUUUAUUGACCCUAAAGGAAUAAAAAAUAGCCAGAUCCAGAUGGUGUGAAGUCCAAGUAUCUGCUUAUUUGAGAUGAGAGAAAAUACAAAGGAUUUGUAUGAUUUGAGGUAUGACUUGUAUGAAAGAGCUGUUACUUUUGAAGGGGAGGAGUAUCAUAGCAGAGUAAUGCCUUUGAGAGGCUUUGAAAUAAGGAAUUAUAUGAGAAAUGUAGGGGAAGUGCUUGUCGAGCAUGUAAAGCUUGUUACAGAUAAUCAGAUGUCUAUAUCAAGAAUGGUAAUUCAUUUUAAAAUUGAUGCUAAAGAUAGACUUUGGCUAUUAAUGGCAACUUCAGUCCGCUGCCAGUCCAGCAAACCAUUAGAUCUUGUGAGCUUAACCAAGCUGCCUGACACUGUGAACCCUAAAAAAGUUUCCUCAAAUCCUCAAAAUCCUGUAUCCCUCCAAAAGUCAGUUUUAUGCAAUAACUGCGAAAACCCUUGUGAAGUUGAAAGAAUGUGUGAUAUUGCCUAUAAGUUUGUGAUAGAUUCCAAUUCUCAAGAAAUCCCCAAAUUAAUUGCAAGAAAUCACCCAAAAAUGACUUUAUUCGAUUAUCUCAAACAUAAGAAAAAUGUUGUUUUUCUUAACAAAAAAACACUUGUAUGUGACGACUGCUACUUAAAAUUCACUGAGCCAAUUCAUUAUGCAGGUGCUUGGACUGAAAGACUUGACUAUUCCCCUUCCAGACAUCUUAACCCUACCAAGCUUUCAAUUAGAAGAGAAAUUACAAAUUUAACAAAAUCAUUAACCCCAAUUAAAUCCAGGCAUUUAUCAACAGUAAAAGAAAAACCUAACUACCCCCUCCGUGAGUGUACAAAACCAUUAGAAAAAAUCCCUUUUUUGCCCAAAAGCCCACCCUCCUUAAGCGAACAAAAAUUUUUAAAUAAAAAAUUUUUUUAUGAAAAAAAAUUGAUAUAUAAGUGAUAAUUAGUAUAAUAAUGAAUUCUGUGUAAUUUUAAAAAAAUUUGCAUUUUAAAACAUUUUAUAAAUUAAAUUAAUAUUUGCUUCCGAUUUUUUUUAAAAUUUCGAAAAAAAAAAUUUUCUAUAAAAUUUAUAUAUAAAUUUUUGUAAAAAAAAAAAAUAAACCCCACGGAAGGGGGAGUAAGCGCCUUAAAAGAAGGAAUAAAUCGAAAGAAAAAGUGAAUUCAGAAGCCAUCCUUUUAUCUGGAAAUAAAAAAUUCCCUAAAAUCCCUUUUUUGAAUUUGAAGAGGUUUAGCGAAGACAGAAGCACAAAUGUCGACAGCUUGGUUUCUUCUGCGAAUUAUUUCCAGCCUGAAAAAAGAAAAAUUGUUGAUGAUAUAUUGAAAGCUAUUGAGGAUAACCGUUAA